CCUAAUGAUAUUUGUAAUGAGUGGCAUAAUUUUAUUAACACAUUUCAGUGCUUACAAAACAUACGCAUACCACGUCACGUGAGGGAACCCCAUUCUAAAUACACGGACUUGCACAUAUUUACAGACGCAUCACAGGACGCGUAUGGGGCCUGCGCGUACGUGAGUACUUACAGCGAUGAUUCACCAGUGCUAGUCAGGUUACUUUGUGCGAAAAGCAAAGUCGCUCCUAUUAAGCCAGUCACUAUGCCACGGCUUGAACUUUGCGGUGCCUUAGUCGGGGCUAAAUUAUUUAAGAAAAUUAGUGAGUCAUGGAGAAUAAGUUUUAAUAAUGUUUAUUUUUGGUCAGAUUCAAUGAUUGUCGUCAGCUGGGUCAAAAUGUCUACAAAUCUAUUGAAACCUUUUGUUCAAAACCGAGUGGUACAAAUAAAUGAUUUGACCGGUGAGUUGCCGUGGCGACAUGUCGCGGGCAAAGAUAACCCGGCCGAUCUGUUGUCACGUGGACUACCACUCGAUGCAUUACAACAAUCGGAUAUUUGGUGGCACGGGCCAGAGUUUUUGCGUGAAAUUAAAAAUGAAUCUAGUCAAAAUGAUGUUCAAGUUCUUGAUAUGUGUGAAAUACCGGAGUUAAAAUCAAAUAAUUGCACAAUAUCAUGUUUAGCUAAAUUAAAUAAUGCAUUUCCUUUUGAACGUUUCUCUAAUUGGAAUCGAAUGAGACGCACAAUGUGUUAUGUGUUGCGAUUUAUUAAUAAUUUGCGCAUAAAAAACAAAUCGCAGCGCAGCAGCGGCCCAUUCUCAUCGAAAGAGCUUACUGAGUCGGUAAAUGUUUUAGCAAAAUUUGCACAACAAGAAUCACAUCCAGAUGUUUACCACGCUUUAGUAAAUAACCUACCUAUAAAAUCUAGACAUAUUUCCGGUCUGGACGUUUUUUUGGACAAUUCGGGUCUUAUUAGAGUGGGAGGAAGAUUGCAAAAUUCUGAACAUUAUUCUUAUAAUAAAAAACACCCUAUACUUUUAAGCUCAAAGCAUAUUUUCUCUCAACUUUUGUUUCGAUUUGAACACAUUCACUUACUUCAUGCUGGACCUCAGCUGCUUCUUGCCACUAUUAGAGACAGUUGGUGGGUACUCAGAGGGCGAGAUUUGGCGAAGCAAACUGUACAUAAGUGCAUUUCGUGUACACGUCAAAGAGGAAAGACAUUAAAUAUAAAAAUGGGUAACUUACCAUCUGAACGACUAGAGCCAGGGUAUCCAUUUCAGCGUUGUGGGGUUGAUUACGCAGGACCUGUGUUCAUUUUAAAUCGAAGGGGAAGGGGGGCAAAAUUGAGCAAAUGUUAUAUAUGCCUAUUUGUUUGUUUUACUACUCGUGCAGUGCAUUUAGAGUUAGUAACGAGUCUCAGUUCUGAAGCAUAUUUAUUAGCUUUAAGAAGGUUUUUGUCUCGUCGCGGAAAGCCAGCGGAAAUAUUUUCCGACAACGGAAAAACCUUUGUAGGCGCUUUAAAAGAAUUAUCUCAGUCAUUUAUUAAUAAUCAAACAGAUAUCAUAAAUUAUACGGCCAAUGAGAAUAUCAAAUUUAGCUUCAUUCCACCGUAUUCGCCCCAUUUUGGUGGUUUGUGGGAGGCAGGGGUCAAGUCGACCAAACACCAUUUGCGUCGGUUAGGGAACGCGAACCUCACUUAUGAGGAAUAUUCAACAUUAUUGGCACAAAUCGAAGCAAUCCUUAAUUCCAGACCCAUGUAUCCCAUGUCGACCGAUCCCAACGACCUACUUCCACUCACUCCAGCCCAUUUCCUGGUUGGCCGACCGCUUGUUGCGCCUGGCUACAAAGACAUCACGACUGCAUCUACGCCUCACUUGAACCGGUACGAGCGCGUCGAACAAAUGCGGCAGAACUUCUGGAAGCGCUGGACGAAGGAGUACAUCGGGGAACUGCAGACCAGAACCAAAUGGCAGAUUAACCAGGACAACUUGGCGCCUAACACUCUGGUGCUCAUAAAAGAGGACAACUUGCCACCACUAAAAUGGCGACUAGGAAGAGUAACACAAACCUUCCCGGGAGAAGAUGGACUAGCUCGAGUGGCAGACGUAAAAACUGAAAGCGGAAUCAUAAGAAGAAGCUACCAGAGAUUAUGCCCAUUAAUGCCAGAAGAAUAACCGUUGGAGGCAGCUGCUCCAAGGCGGGGGGCAUGUUCAGAAAUCGAUUACGACAUCACUAGCGAGCGCGCACAUCACUACGCACGAAACCGACAGAUAACGGUUGCGAUCGCGCCCGGCGCCUACCCCACUUGACUACCAUUCCUCUAACCGCGAACAUCAAAUAUUUGUAUACGUUAUUUCAUGUUAUAAACGCUGAGUAUCGAAGAAAGCGAGUUUCAAUCACAAAUACAUCACAUCCAU